CUCUUUGGUUGGAUACCCAUUGUUUUAGGGAACUUGAGUCAGCCAAAACAACAUAGACCACUUAGGAAACCCAAAUCAUCCUCCUUUUUUCUCAAAACAAAAACAAUGGAACCCCUUUUCGUUUACUUUCUGUUAUCUUUCCUUCUUUUCUUCGACCUUUCGUCCUCUGCCUCUCCUUACCAUAUCUCCCACCUCUUUGAAUCUUGGGGCGAUCAACAUGGGAAAACUUACUCAUCGGAGGAAGACAAAUCUUACAGGCUUAAAGUCUUUGAAGAUAACUAUGCCUUUGUUACUCAACACAAUGACAUGUCAAAUUCUUCUUAUUCUCUGGCUCUCAAUGCCUUUGCGGAUCUCACUCACCACGAGUUCAAGGCCUCCCGCUUGGGUCUCUCCGCUGACGCCACUGAAUUCAGGCGGCCCAACCUUGGAGAGCCCGUUCUUGUUCGAGAUAUUCCGGCUUCAGUGGAUUGGAGGAAGAAAGGCGCCGUGACCCAGGUCAAAGAUCAAGGAAGCUGUGGUGCUUGUUGGUCAUUUGCGGCAACUGGAGCCAUGGAAGGUGUUAAUAAAAUUGUCACUGGAUCUCUUGUUAGCCUCUCUGAACAAGAAUUAGUUGAUUGUGACAGAAAGUACAAUACCGGCUGUGAAGGUGGGUUGAUGGAUUAUGCAUAUAAAUUUGUCAUUGAUAACCAUGGAAUAGACACCGAAGAAGACUACCCAUAUCAAGGUCGGGAAAAAACUUGCAACAAAGACAAAAUGAAACGACGAGUGGUAACAAUUGAUGAUUAUGCUGAUGUGCCUAUGAACAAUGAGAAGCAACUAUUGCAAGCGGUUGCAACUCAACCUGUGAGUGUCGGUAUAUGUGGGAGCGAAAGAGCAUUUCAAUUGUACUCCAAGGGGAUAUUCACGGGUCCAUGCUCAACUUCCUUGGAUCAUGCUGUGUUGAUUGUAGGUUAUGGUUCAGAAAAUGGAUUGGAUUAUUGGAUAGUGAAAAACUCAUGGGGUUCGAGGUGGGGAAUGAAUGGCUAUAUUCAUAUGAUACGUAACAGUGGCAAUUCUGAAGGGGUUUGUGGCAUUAACAUGUUGGCUUCGUAUCCGAUAAAGACUAGCCCAAAUCCCCCUCCUCCACCUCCUCCAGGACCAACUAAGUGCGAUUUCUUCACUUACUGUUCAACUGGGGAAACCUGUUGUUGCACACGUCGCCUGUUGGGAAUAUGCUUUUCGUGGAAGUGUUGUGAAUUGGAUUCAGCCGUGUGUUGCAAAGACAAUCGUCACUGCUGCCCCCAUGAUUAUCCAAUCUGCGACACAACGAACAAUCAGUGUUUCAAGCGAGUUGGAAAUGCUACAAUAAUGCAAUCAUCCGAAAAGAAUCAAUCUUUUAGAAAGUUCAGCAGUUGGUGAUCCUUUUGUGAAAACUUGGCUUUUACAGAAUAAAUUCAGAGUUGUAUUUGCAGAACAUUUUUCGUCGGAUUUUGUAGAACAUUUGCCCCUUCAUAAUGGUGGGAAUUUCUAGUGGAACUUUAACCGAUUUAUGU